CCCCUAACGCCGAGUUCCUUUUCACUGUCUGUGGACAUUAAAAAAGCGAGCGGCGGCGGGCGCCCGGGAGAGCAGGCGACCGGGCGGCGGGCGGGCGAGCAGCGACCCGGCGGCGGAGCAAGCGAGCAGCGCCGGCGCAGCGCGGUGACCCCGGCCCCGGUCGGCGCGGAGCAGGAGCCGAAGCGGAGCCGUUCUCGGCGCCCUCGUAGCGCUCCUCCCGGCCCGAGCCGGGCCUGCCCGGCAGCGGCCGCGGCGGCCGCGGCGCGUCCUCCAGCGGCGGCAGCGGCGCUCGCAGCGCCGGGCCUUGCUGUGCUGUGUUUGGCCAAGUUGGACCGCGGGGGCUGUCGCCUUCUUCCCACCUCGGCCUCCUUUUCCUAACGCCCUUAGCAGCCUUGAGUCCCGGUCGUCUGCAGAGGCUUCAGCAGGACGAGGAGGAGGAGGAGCUGCUGGGUGUCAGACCGAUGCUGUGAGGGGUGUGAGGAAGAGAGCCACCGUCCAUCCCUCAGCUACCAGACCUAGAAAGCAGGAUGGCACGGGAGUGAGGCGGAGGGGCUGAGCACCGUUGACCAGACGUGGGACACUGGUGGUUCGCGGGUCACUGAGGCUGGACGUUCAUGGCUCUCGGGUAGAACCCAGUGAAACGGCCAGAAUGAAUUCUAUGGACAGGCACAUCCAACAGACCAAUGACCGACUACAGUGCAUCAAGCAGCACUUACAGAACCCUGCCAACUUCCACAAUGCCGCCACAGAGCUGCUGGACUGGUGUGGAGACCCGCGAGCCUUCCAGCGGCCCUUUGAGCAGAGCCUGAUGGGCUGUUUGACGGUGGUCAGUCGAGUGGCAGCUCAGCAAGGGUUUGACCUGGACCUCGGUUACAGACUGCUGGCAGUGUGCGCUGCGAACCGAGACAAGUUCACUCCCAAGUCUGCAGCCCUGCUGUCCUCCUGGUGUGAGGAGCUUGGCCGCCUGCUGCUGCUCCGACAUCAGAAGAGCCGCCAGAGCGACCCCCCUGGGAAACUCCCCAUGCAGCCCCCCCUCAACUCCAUGAGCUCCAUGAAACCCACUCUGUCGCACAGUGAUGGGUCAUUCCCCUAUGACUCUGUCCCUUGGCAGCAGAACACCAACCAGCCUCCCGGCUCCCUCUCUGUGGUCACCACGGUUUGGGGAGUGACCAACACAUCCCAGAGCCAGGUCCUCGGGAACCCUAUGGCCAAUGCCAACAACCCCAUGAAUCCAGGCGGCAACCCCAUGGCAUCGGGCAUGACCACCAGCAACCCCGGCCUCAACUCCCCCCAGUUUGCCGGGCAGCAGCAGCAAUUCUCGGCCAAGGCUGGGCCCGCUCAGCCCUACAUCCAGCAGAGCAUGUACGGUCGGCCCAACUACCCCGGCAGCGGGGGCUUUGGGGCCAGUUACCCCGGGGGUCCUAAUGCCCCCGCAGGCAUGGGCAUCCCUCCGCACACCAGGCCGCCCGCUGACUUCACUCAGCCCGCGGCUGCUGCCGCAGCAGCUGCAGUGGCGGCAGCAGCGGCCACGGCCACGGCCACAGCCACGGCCACUGUGGCAGCCUUGCAGGAGACGCAGAACAAGGAUAUAAACCAGUAUGGACCGGUCUGUUCCUCUUUCCAGAUGGGUCCCACCCAGGCGUAUAACAGCCAAUUCAUGAACCAGCCCGGGCCGCGGGGGCCUGCCUCCAUGGGGGGCAGCAUGAACCCCGCAAGCAUGGCGGCUGGCAUGACACCCUCGGGGAUGAGCGGCCCUCCUAUGGGCAUGAACCAGCCCCGGCCGCCCGGCAUCAGCCCCUUUGGCACGCACGGGCAGCGGAUGCCCCAGCAGACCUACCCGGGCCCCCGGCCCCAGUCCCUUCCCAUUCAGAGCAUAAAGAGGCCAUACCCAGGAGAGCCCAACUAUGGAAACCAGCAAUAUGGACCAAACAGCCAGUUCCCCACCCAGCCAGGCCAGUACCCCACCCCCAACCCCCCACGGCCGCUCACCUCUCCCAACUACCCCGGGCAGAGGAUGCCCAGCCAGCCGAGCACCGGGCAGUACCCGCCCCCCACGGUCAACAUGGGGCAGUAUUACAAGCCAGAGCAAUUUAAUGGACAAAAUAACACCUUCUCGGGAAGCAGCUACAGUAACUACAGCCAAGGGAACGUCAACAGGCCUCCCAGGCCAGUUCCUGUGGCAAAUUACCCCCACUCACCUGUUCCAGGGAACCCCACGCCCCCAAUGACCCCCGGGAGCAGCAUCCCCCCGUACCUGUCCCCCAGCCAAGACGUUAAACCACCCUUCCCACCUGACAUCAAGCCAAAUAUGAGCGCUCUGCCACCACCCCCAGCCAACCACAACGACGAGCUACGGCUCACGUUCCCGGUGCGGGAUGGCGUGGUGCUGGAGCCCUUCCGCCUCGAGCACAACCUGGCCGUCAGCAACCACGUCUUUCACCUGCGGCCCACGGUCCACCAAACGCUGAUGUGGAGGUCUGACCUGGAGCUGCAGUUCAAGUGCUACCACCACGAGGACCGGCAGAUGAACACCAAUUGGCCGGCCUCGGUGCAGGUCAGCGUCAAUGCCACGCCCCUCACCAUCGAGCGCGGCGACAACAAGACCUCCCACAAGCCCCUGCACCUCAAGCAUGUGUGCCAGCCGGGCCGCAACACCAUCCAGAUCACCGUCACGGCCUGCUGCUGCUCCCACCUCUUCGUGCUGCAACUGGUCCACCGGCCCUCCGUGCGCUCAGUGCUGCAAGGCCUCCUGAAGAAGCGACUCCUGCCAGCCGAGCACUGUAUCACUAAAAUCAAGCGGAAUUUCAGCAGCGUGGCUGCCUCGUCGGGCAAUACGACCCUCAACGGGGAGGAUGGCGUGGAGCAGACGGCCAUCAAGGUGUCUCUGAAGUGCCCCAUCACAUUCCGGCGCAUCCAGCUGCCUGCUCGAGGCCACGACUGCAAGCACGUCCAGUGCUUUGACCUGGAGUCGUACCUGCAGCUGAAUUGCGAGAGAGGGACCUGGAGGUGUCCUGUGUGCAAUAAAACUGCUCUGCUUGAGGGCCUGGAGGUAGAUCAGUACAUGUGGGGCAUCCUGAACGCCAUCCAACACUCCGAGUUUGAAGAGGUCACCAUCGACCCCACAUGCAGCUGGCGGCCAGUCCCCAUCAAGUCAGACCUACACAUUAAAGAUGACCCAGAUGGCAUCCCCUCCAAGAGGUUCAAGACCAUGAGUCCCAGCCAGAUGAUCAUGCCCAACGUCAUGGAAAUGAUCGCAGCCCUGGGCCCUGGCCCAUCUCCCUACCCCCUCCCUCCUCCACCGGGGGGCACCAGCUCCAACGACUACAGCAACCAAGGCAACAACUACCAGGGCCACGGCAACUUUGACUUCCCCCAUGGAAACCCUGGUGGCACGUCCAUGAACGACUUCAUGCACGGGCCCCCUCAGCUCUCCCACCCCCCGGACAUGCCCAACAACAUGGCCGCCCUCGAGAAACCCCUCAGCCACCCCAUGCAGGAAACUAUGCCACACGCUGGCAGUUCUGACCAGCCCCAUCCCUCCAUACAACAAGGUUUGCACGUCCCACACCCCAGCAGCCAGUCAGGGCCUCCAUUACAUCACAGUGGGGCUCCUCCUCCUCCUUCCCAGCCUCCCCGGCAACCGCCACAGGCCGCUCCCAGCAACCAUCCACACAGCGACCUGACCUUUAACCCCUCCUCAGCCUUAGAGGGUCAGGCCGGAGCGCAGGGAGCAUCCGACAUGCCGGAGCCUUCGCUGGAUCUCCUUCCAGAACUCACAAAUCCCGAUGAGCUCCUCUCGUACCUGGAUCCCCCUGACCUGCCGAGCAAUAGUAACGAUGACCUCCUGUCUCUCUUUGAGAACAACUGAAGCCCACCCCCCCGCCACUGGGGCCGUCCCUCCCCACUCUGGCUCCUUCCCUCUCUGUCCCCCGCACACUUCACCACUGGGAGCUCAUGCCCUCAGACCGCCCCUGCUGCGCGGCCUUCUCAGAGCAGAGGGGCGGGAGGGUGCACUGUGAAGGCUGUGUGGGGCUGGUGCCCGUGCCCAGAGCGGGCCCUGAAGAUGACCCUCGUGGUGGGGAACCGGCCCGGCGAGAGGGCACAUGCUGACAAAGGCUUCCUGGUCCCUCUGUGUGUACUGAUUCCAAACGACCCUCCAGUGCCCUCGAGGUUCUUCCGGUUUCUAGACUGUAACCCUGCCUCCCUGCUUCCUGGCCCAGAGCCUCCUUCAAGUGACUGUGAGCCUGAGAGAGGGGCACCCCGAGACCCAGGCAGGCCCCCCCCACACCCCAAGCCUUGGAGGAACAGUGACGGUUGGCGGCAGUGAGAACGGCCCACCCACCACCACCACCACCACCCACCACAGAAAAGCACAAACCUCUGGGAAAGAGAACUCUCUCAGGGGCCAAGGUCGUCACUUUGACCCCUGACCUCUAAGCCAAGAUACCCUGUAAAAACACUCCUCUCUCAGAAAGCAGAGAAAAAGGACAUGAUUCUGUGUUUGAGAGAGGGUGUGCCAUUCCUGCUUGGGGACUGGUGGGAAAGGGGGUCAGGGCCUCCUCAGAGCCAGGACAACGCAGCUGGCCCCACGACCUCUGGACUCAGGCCGGUCGGGGGGUGGGGCACCGGCCUGGCGGUGGGGGGCAGCGCAGACAGAGAGUACCCAGCUGAAAUUACUGUGCCCUUAGUUGGGGGGCAGGGGGAUGCCGCUGGCCAGAGUCGGAUAGAAACGGCAACUUAAACAACGUUGCUCCAAGCCACUCCCUGUUUUUAAAUGACAGUUUGAUUAAGCUACGAAGUCAUCUGAGAAAAGGGACGGUGGACUUGGACGGCAAGCAAACCAUUUCUCUCCGUGCAUCCUGUUUCCUUCCUGCUGCCCCCACCCACCUCUCCCAGACUGUUAUAUGGGAGGCCCGCUUCCCUUUGUCCCACUCUCCUUUGUCCACCCUGCCAGCGGGGGGCGCCGGUGGAGAGGCAGGGGAGGCACGGGCUAGGGCACCUGCGCGGCUUAUCCGCAGGAACCCCAGGCACGGGCGUCCCUCCAGCCCGGCGGCCCCGUCUGUCCCUGUGCUCCAGGUUGUCCCGGCUGCACCCCGGUCCGUCACACCACACGUGCCGGAAUGUGCCUGCCAGCAUCCCGUGGUGUUUCUGUGCCCCGCUUGGCUGCCGGCCUCUCCCUCCCCGUGUCCCUCUGCCCUGCACAGCUGCCCACACUCCUGCUCGCUUGAGCAGAAGCAGCCUCUGGUUUUCCCUCCACUGCUUCGCUCCAUCCGGCUUCCUGCUCUCGGAAUCUCCCGGGGAGCUUGUGUGGGCGUCCGUUUUGUUUGGGGGUCCUCUGUGCCCCCCACCCUAAGCCGCAUGGCCUGUGAUGCUGCUGGGCCGUCGGGUCACUUGGGUCACGUCUGUGAACUCGUUGCGCCCCUCCCUGCUGCUGCUGGGGGCCUCCUGCUUUCCGUCCACUGUCCCACGGUCUCACUCUCCGUCUCCCCCCUACACCCUCGCCCCAUGGCGGGCGGUGCCCAGCGCUCCUCUGGGUUUG